AUGCUGCUGCACCUCUUCAGCGAUGCCAACUACAACCUGCUGGGCUUCAACGCCUCCUUCCGCUUCUCCCUGUGCCUGGGGGACUGCCGGAGCCGCGGGCAGUGUCGGCCCCCGGGCGUGUGUGUCUGUGAGCCGGGCUGGGGCGGCCUGGACUGCGGCCUGCAGGAGUGCUCUGCCUACUGUGGCAGCCACGGCACCUGUGCCUCGCCUCUGGGACCAUGUCGCUGUGAGCCCGGCUUCCUGGGACGCGCCUGUGACCUGCACCUGUGGGAAAACCAGGGGGCUGGCUGGUGGCACAACGUGAGUGCUGGGGACCCCGCCUUCUCUGCCCGUAUUGGGGCAGCUGGCGCCUUCCUGUCCCCUCCGGGGCUGCUGGCUGUUUUUGGAGGCCAGGACCUCAACAACGCCCUGGGCGACCUCGUCCUAUACAACUUCUCGGCCAAUACCUGGGAGCGCUGGGACCUCAGUCCUGCCCCGGCCGCUCGUCACUCCCACGUGGCUGUGGCAUGGGCUGGCUCCCUGGUGCUGAUGGGCGGUGAGCUGGCCGAUGGCUCCCUCACCAGUGACGUGUGGGCCUUUAACCCACUGGGUGGGGGCCGCUGGGAGCUCUUGGCACCACCUGCCUCCAGCUCCUCAGGGCCCCCAGGCCUGGCAGGCCACGCGGCCGCCCUGGUGGACAACACCUGGCUCUAUGUGUCUGGUGGCCGCACCCAGCACGACCUCUUCUCCUCCGGCCUCUUCCGUUUCCACCUCAACAGUGCCGGUGGGGGUCACUGGGAGCAGGUGAUCCCGAAGGGCGGGCGGCCCCCUGCUGCCACCGGCCACUCGAUGGUUUUCCAUGCCCCCUCCCGUGCCCUGCUGGUCCACGGGGGACACCGGCCUUCCACUGCCCGGUUCUCUGUGCGGGUGAACUCCACUGAGCUCUUCCACGUGGAUCAGCGUGUGUGGACAACCCUGAAGGGCCGGGAUGGGCUUCAGGGCCCACGGGAGCGAGCCUUCCACACAGCGAGUGUAUUGGGCAACUACAUGGUGGUCUAUGGGGGCAACGUUCACACCCAUUACCAGGAGGAGAAGUGCUACGAAGACGGCAUCUUCUUCUACCACCUCGGCUGCCAUCAGUGGGUGUCAGGGGCUGAGCUUGCCCCCCCAGGCACCCCCGAGGGCCGAGCAGCGCCUCCCAGUGGCCGAUAUUCACAUGUGGCAGCCGUGCUUGGUGGCAGUGUCCUGUUGGUGGCUGGGGGCUACAGUGGCCGGCCCCGUGGAGACUUGAUGGCCUACAAGGUUCCCCCCUUUGUGUUCCAAGCACCUGCCCCGGAUUACCACCUGGACUAUUGCUCCAUGUACACGGACCACAGUGUCUGCUCCAGAGACCCCGAAUGCAGUUGGUGUCAGGGGGCCUGCCAAGCUGCACCCCCUCCUGGGACCCCUUCAGGGGCUUGUCCAGCCGCCAGCUGCCUGGGCCUGGGCCGCCUCCUGGGUGACUGCCAGGCAUGCCUGGCCUUCAGCAGCUCCACAGCGCCUCCCCGGGGGCCUGGUACCCUGGGGUGGUGUGUGCACAACGAGAGCUGCCUCCCACGACCCGAGCAGGCCCGCUGCCGCGGGGAGCAGAUCUCAGGCACUGUGGGCUGGUGGGGGCCCGUGCCUGUCUUCGUCACGUCCCUGGAGGCCUGCGUCACCCAGAGCUUCCUGCCUGGCCUGCACCUGCUCACCUUCCAGCAGCCACCCAACGCCUCCCAGCCUGACAAGGUCUCCAUUGUCCGCAGUACGACCAUCACCCUGACACCCAGCCCGGAGACAGACGUGUCUCUGGUCUACCGUGGCUUCAUCCACCCACUGCUGCCUGGGGGGCCUGGUGGGCCGGGAGCCGAGGACGUGGCUGUGUGGGCCCGGGCCCAGCGUCUCCACGUCCUAGCUCGGAUGGCCCGCGGCCCUGACACCGAGAACAUGGAGGAGGUGGGGCGGUGGGUGGCUCAGCAGGAGAAGGAGAUGAGGCGGCUGCAACGCCCAGGCUCGGCCCGCCUCUUCCCUCUACCUGGACGGGGCCACAAGUACGCAGUGGAGAUUCGGGGCCAGCUCAACGGCUCCGCGGGCCCUGGGCACAGCGAGCUCACCCUGCUGUGGGACCGGACUGGCGUGCCAGGCGGCAGUGAGAUCUCCUUCUUCUUCCUGGAGCCCUACCGCUCGGCGGCCUGCACCUCCUAUUCCUCCUGCCUGGGCUGCUUGGCGGACCAAGGCUGCGGCUGGUGCCUGUCCAGUGCCACCUGCCACCUGCGCCAGGGCGGGGCCCACUGUGGCGACGAAACUGGCGGGUCCCUGCUGGUGCUGGUGCCCACCCUCUGUCCACUCUGUGAGGAGCAUCGCGACUGCCAUGCCUGCACUCAGGACCCCUUCUGUGAGUGGCAUCAGAGCACCAGCCGCAAAGGGGAUGCGGCGUGCAGCCGGCGGGGCCGGGGCCGGGGUGCCCUGAAGAGCCCGGAGGAGUGUCCUCCGCUGUGCAGCCAGCGCCUGACCUGCGAGGACUGCCUGGCCAACUCGAGCCAGUGCGCUUGGUGCCAGUCCACCCACACCUGCUUCCUGUUUGCUGCCUACCUGGCCCGGUACCCACACGGGGGCUGCCGUGGCUGGGACGACAGCGUGCACUCGGAGCCCCGGUGCCGGAGCUGCGACCGCUUCCUGACCUGCCAUGAGUGCCUGCAGAGCCACGAGUGUGGCUGGUGCGGCAAUGAGGACAACCCCACCCUGGGCCGGUGCCUGCAGGGGGACUUCUCGGGGCCCCUGGGUGGGGGUAACUGCUCCCUGUGGGUAGGGGAGGGCCUGGGGCUGCCCGUGGCUCUCCCGGCCCGCUGGGCGUACGCCCACUGCCCAGAUGUGGACGAGUGUCGCCUGGGCCUGGCACGGUGCCACCCGCGGGCGACCUGCCUGAACACACCCCUCAGCUACGAGUGCCACUGCCAGCGAGGCUACCAGGGUGACGGCAGCACGCACUGCAACCGCACGUGCCUGGAAGACUGUGGGCACGGUGUGUGCAGCGGCCCCCCCGACUUCACCUGCGUAUGUGACCUGGGCUGGACAUCCGACCUGCCACCACCCACACCUGCCCCGGGACCCCCCGCCCCCCGUUGCUCCCGAGACUGUGGCUGCAACUUCCACAGCCACUGCCAUAAGCGGGGGCCUGGCUUCUGCGAUGAGUGCCAGGACUGGACGUGGGGGGAGCACUGCGAACGGUGCCGGCCCGGCAGCUUCGGCAACGCCACAGGCUCAGGGGGCUGCCGGCCCUGCCAGUGCAACGGGCAUGGGGACCCGCGCCGGGGUCACUGUGACAACCUCAGCGGGCUCUGCUUCUGCCAGGACCACACCGAGGGUGCGCACUGCCAGCUCUGCUCCCCUGGCUACUAUGGGGACCCCCGGGCCGGUGGCUCCUGCUUCCGGGAGUGUGGGGGUCGCGCCCUCCUCACCAACGUGUCCUCAGUGGCACUGGGCUCACGCCGGGUUGGAGGGCUGCUGCCUCCAGGUGGUGGGGCGACAAGAGCUGGGCCAGGCCUGUCAUAUUGCGUGUGGGUUGUGUCAGCCACCGAAGUGCUCCAGCCAUGUGCCCCUGGGACCCUCUGUCCCCCACUUACCCUCACCUUCUCCCCUGACAGUAGCACCCCAUGCACGCUGAGCUACGUCCUAGCCUUUGAUGGAUUCCCUCGCUUCCUGGACACUGGUGUCGUCCAGUCAGACCGUAGCCUCAUUGCCGCCUUCUGCGGCCAGCGGCGAGAUAGGCCUCUCACCGUGCAGGCCCUGUCUGGGCUGCUCGUGCUGCACUGGGAGGCCAACGGCUCCUCGUCCUGGGGCUUCAACGCCUCCGUGGGCUCUGCCCGCUGUGGGUCUGGGGGCCCUGGGAGCUGCCCUGUCCCUCAGGAGUGCGUGCCCCAGGAUGGGGCUGCGGGUGCCGGGCUCUGCCGAUGCCCCCAGGGCUGGGCUGGCCCACACUGCCGCAUGGCUCUGUGUCCUGAGAACUGCAAUGCCCACAACGGGGCAGGGACUUGCAACCAGAGCCUGGGCGUGUGCAUCUGUGCCGAGGGCUUUGGGGGCCCCGACUGUGCCACAAAGCUGGACGGUGGGCAGCUCGUCUGGGAGACCCUCAUGGACAGCCGCCUCUCAGCCGACACUGCUAGCCGCUUCCUGCACCGCUUAGGGCACACCAUGGUGGAGGGACCGGAUGCCACCCUGUGGAUGUUUGGGGGCCUGGGCCUGCCCCAGGGGCUGCUGGGGAACCUGUACAGGUACUCGGUGAGUGAGCGGCGGUGGACACAGAUGCUGGCGGGAGCCGAGGACGGGGGCCCGGGCCCCUCCCCCCGGUCCUUCCAUGCAGCCGCCUAUGUUCCUGCUGGCCGUGGCGCUAUGUACCUGCUGGGGGGGCUCACGGCCGGGGGCAUCACCCGCGACUUCUGGGUCCUCAACCUCACUACCUUGCAGUGGCGGCAGGAGAGGGCUCCUCAGACCGUGGAGCUGCCAGCAGUGGCAGGUCACACCCUUACUGCCCGCCGCGGUCUGUCUCUGCUUCUGGUGGGCGGUUACUCCCCCGAAAAUGGCUUCAACCAGCAGCUGCUCGAGUACCAGCUGGCGACCGGCACCUGGGUGUCCGGAGUCCAGAGCGGAACACCCCCCACAGGUCUCUAUGGUCAUUCGGCCGUCUACCAUGAGGUCACGGACUCCUUGUAUGUGUUCGGAGGCUUCCGCUUCCAUGUGGAGCUGGCCGCCCCGUCCCCGGAGCUCUACUCCUUGCACUGCCCUGACCGCACCUGGAGCCUGCUGGCCCCUUCUCAGGGGGCAAAGAGGGAGCAUGAGGAGCAGAGAACUGUGGGCUCUGACAGAGCAUCCUGGCACGUGUCUCCCCAACAGCCCCGCCCGCGACUUUUCCACGCUUCAGCCCUGCUAGGGGACACCAUGGUGGUCCUGGGGGGGCGCUCAGACCCUGACGAGUUCAGCAGUGAUGUUCUGCUCUACCAGGUCAACUGCAAUGCCUGGAUCCUGCCGGACCUCACCCGCCUGGCCUCCGUGGGGCCCCCGAUGGAGGAAUCCGUGGCCCAUGCUGUGGCAGCAGUGGGCAGCCGCCUUUACAUCUCUGGGGGCUUCGGGGGCGUGGCCCUGGGCCGCUUGCUGGCCCUGACCCUGCCCCCUGACCCUUGCCGCCUGCUGCCCUCAUCCGAAGCUUGUAACCAGUCUGGGGCCUGCAGCUGGUGCCAUGGGGCCUGCUUGUCUGGGGACCAGGCCCACAGGUCAGGAAUCCAGACGGCUCUGGAAGCCGGAAGGGAGACCCGCCGCAUCCUCUCAGUGCAGCCCACGUAUGACUGGACGUGCUUCAGCCACUCCCUGCUGAAUGUGUCUCCAAUGCCGGUGGAGUCAUCGCCCCCACUGCCCUGCCCUACCCCUUGUCACCUCCUGCCCAACUGUACCUCCUGCCUGGACUCCAAGGGUGCGGACGGGGGCUGGCAGCACUGUGUCUGGAGCAGCAGCCUCCAGCAGUGCCUGAGCCCCUCCUACCUACCCCUGCGAUGUAUGGCCGGAGGCUGCGGGCGGCUGCUCCGGGGCCCCGAGAGCUGCUCCCUGGGCUGCGCUCAGGCAACCCAGUGUGCCCUGUGCCUGCGGCGCCCCCACUGUGGCUGGUGUGCCUGGGGGGGCCAGGAUGGUGGUGGCCGCUGCCUGGAGGGUGGACUCAGCGGCCCCCGUGAAGGGCUGACGUGUGGGCGUCCUGGGGCCUCCUGGGCCUUCCUGUCCUGCCCUCCUGAGGACGAGUGUGCAAAUGGGCACCAUGACUGCAACGAGACUCAGAACUGCCACGACCAGCCCCAUGGCUAUGAGUGCAGCUGCAAGACGGGCUACACCAUGGACAACAUGACGGGGCUGUGCCGCCCCGUGUGUGCCCAGGGCUGUGUGAACGGCUCGUGCGUGGAGCCCGACCACUGCCGCUGCCACUUCGGCUUUGUUGGCCGCAACUGCUCCGCGGAGUGCCACUGCAACCGUCAUAGCGAGUGCGCCGGCGUGGGGGCGCGCGACCACUGCCUGCUGUGCCGCAACCACACCAAGGGCAGCCACUGUGAGCAGUGCCUCCCGCUGUUUGUGGGUUCAGCUGUUGGGGGCGGGACCUGCCGGCCCUGCCACGCCUUCUGUCGUGGCAACAGCCACGUCUGCGUCUCCAGGAGGGAGCUUGAAAUGGCCAGGAGGGAGCCAGAGAAGUAUUCGCUGGAUCCAGAGGAGAUUGAAAAUUGGGUAACAGAGGGCCCCAGUGAAGAUGAGGCUGUGUGUGUGAACUGCCAGAAUAACAGCUAUGGGGACAAAUGCGAGAGCUGCCUCCACGGCUACUUCCUCCUGGAUGGGAAGUGCACCAAAUGCCAGUGUAACGGCCACGCGGACACGUGUAACGAGCAGGACGGGACAGGCUGCCCGUGUCAGAACAACACAGAGACGGGCACGUGCCAGGGAAGCUCCCCCAGUGACCGCCGGGACUGCUACAAGUACCAGUGUGCCAAGUGCCGAGAGUCAUUCCAUGGGAGCCCGCUGGGCGGGCAGCAGUGCUACCGCCUCAUCUCGGUGGAGCAGGAGUGCUGCCUGGACCCCACGUCCCAGACCAACUGCUUCCACGAGCCCAAGCGCCGGGCCCUGGGCCCUGGCCGCACCGUCCUCUUUGGUGUGCAGCCCAAGUUCACCAACGUAGACAUCCGCCUGACACUGGACGUGACCUUCGGUGCCGUGGACCUCUACGUCUCCACCUCCUAUGACACCUUUGUGGUCCGUGUGGCCCCCGACACCGGCGUCCACACCGUACACAUCCAGCCACCCCCGCCCCCACCACCCCCACCACCCCCUGCUGAUGGUGGACCCCGAGGGGCUGGGGAUCCAGGGGGAAUGGGGGCCGGCAGUGGACCAGGCACCCCAGCGGAGCCACGGGUGCGGGAGGUGUGGCCGCGUGGCCUGAUCACCUACGUGACCGUGACAGAGCCAUCGGCAGUGCUGGUGGUACGUGGCGUGCGGGACCGGCUGGUCAUCACCUACCCGCAUGAGCACCACGCCCUCAAGUCGAGCCGCUUCUACCUGCUCCUGCUGGGCGUGGGAGACCCAGGUGGGCCUGGUGCCAACGGCUCGGCUGACUCGCAGGGCCUGCUCUUCUUCCGGCAAGACCAGGCCCACAUCGACCUGUUUGUGUUCUUCUCCGUCUUCUUCUCCUGCUUCUUCCUUUUCCUGUCUCUCUGUGUGCUCCUCUGGAAGGCCAAGCAGGCCCUGGACCAGCGGCAGGAGCAGCGCCGGCACCUGCAGGAGAUGACCAAGAUGGCUAGCCGCCCCUUCGCCAAGGUGACGGUCUGCUUCCCGCCGGACCCUGCCACCCCAGCCCCUGCCUGGAAGCCGGCUGGACUCCCACCACCUGCCUUCCGCCGCUCGGAGCCCUUCCUGGCGCCUCUGCUGCUGACGGGGGCCGGCGGGCCCUGGGGACCUGUGGGAGGGGGCUGCUGCCCACCAGCUGUGCCCGCCACUACUGCUGGCCUGCGAGCUGGGCCCAUAACCCUGGAGCCCACCGAAGAUGGCAUGGCGGGUGUCGCCACGCUGCUGCUCCAGCUGCCUGGUGGGCCCCACGCACCCAAUGGCGCCUGUCUCGGCUCAGCCCUCGUCACGCUGCGGCACAGGCUGCACGAGUACUGCGGAGGUGGUGGGGGCACUGGCGGCAGUGGACACGGAGCUGGCGGAGGCCGGAAGGGACUGUUGAGCCAGGACAACCUCACCAGCAUGUCCCUCUGA